CUGUCGUAUAGAGUAAGCCAUCAUAUAAUCCGUGAGAAGACAAUCAUUAAUGGGAUCAGCGGUUACUUCAGGAGCGGACAAAUCACCGCAAUUCUCGGGCCAUCCGGUUGUGGGAAGUCUUCACUACUUAACUGUUUGGCCGGAAUCAAGAAGAAGGGAGUCUUCGGAUCUAUCAGUAUUACCACGAAGAAAAAGCUGAAGAUAUCGGUGAUCGGACAGGAAGACCGUUUGGAUCCACGACUGUCAGUGAGAGAGGCCCUGAACUAUGCCUCCCGUCUCAAGAGUUUAGACAAAACAGAUCACAAACUGAAUGUCAAUGCAAUCCUCAAAAGGCUGGACAUCGAGUCGUGCGCUGAUGUGAGGGCUAAGCGAUGCUCUGGUGGUCAACGGAAACGCGUGUCAAUCGCUCUGGAGUUGGUCUCCAGACCUAAUAUACUAAUACUGGAUGAGCCCACCUCUGGGUUAGACACAUCCACUACUUGGCAACUAAUCAAUACACUUCUAGAUCUGACCCAACAGAGCGAAAAGGGUCAGCCCAUGGCAGUGGUGGCCACUAUUCAUCAGCCGAGUGGCAAACUCUUCAAUUUGUUUCACUCGGUGUAUAUCAUGUCAUACGACGGGCAGUGUAUAUAUCAGGGAACCCCACAAUCGAUGGUCAACUUUAUGGCCCAAUACGGCGUCAAAUGUCCAAAAUUCCACAACCCUUCAGAUUAUAUACUAGAGGUCGCGUCCAAAGAGCACGGAAUCGGCAAACCUAUGCUUUUGACAUCUAUUAUGAAGAUCGAGGCCUUGGAUCUGAUACCACACGAGCAUAAAAUUGUCGCGUCCAAAGAGCACGGAAUCGGCAAACCUAUGCUUUUGACAUCUAUUAUGAAGAUCGAGGCCUUGGAUCUGAUACCACACGAGCAUAAAAUUGUGCCCCAUUUCAAGUACAACACCUGCAGUGAUAUCUGGACACUGACCAAGAGAUCGUUUGUGUUGUCCUACCGGGACAUAUGGCUAUUGCAUUUGAGAAUUGUGGCAAAUAUCGCAACUGUCUUAUUACUGGUCGGGUUUUGGGGGCCGGAGAGCGGGAAGCUGUCGGGCUGUCCGGACAACUUCGUGGUCGACGGCGCCGACUUUGUCAAGACGUUUGAACGCGUGGCCGACAAACUCAAUGAAAACUUUGCGUGUCUUGUAUUCGUAGUGAUGUUCACGUGGUUCGGAGCCAUAUUCGCUGUGUUACUAACAUUUCCCGCAGAAAUGCAUACGUUUCUGAAGGAAUAUAGAAACGGGUGGUAUUCGGUGUACUCGUACUAUAUGGCCAAAGUGAUCGUGGACACUUUCUGGCAGUUGACAAUACCGUUGCUUAUGAUAAUACCGGCAUUUGUGGGCACCGGACAGUUCUACGAGACAGAGCGCUGGCGUUUCCACUAUUUCAUCGCCAUAUGUCUACUGCUGGCCCUCUCGUCCACAUCUAUGGGACUAAUAGUGAGCGCAUAUCUCAUGGACUCUCCGACUGCCGCCGCUUUCAUCGGUAUUGUCACCGCUUUUCCGUUAUUUCUCUUUUCAGGCUUUAUGAUCCCAGUGAAAGACAUGCCCAACGGUUUCCGACACUCAACGUGGGGUAAUUUCAUACGCUUUACAUUAGAGGGCACGACAACAGCCAUCUAUGGCUUCAACAGAUGUCGUGCGGAUCCGAUUGGGCCGAAGAAAGCGCCCAUAGAUUGGGGUUCACUCAUAACAGAGCAACAGAUGACCGCAAUCCUGGCCUCCGAUCACAUCAAUGCCGAUGCGUUGAUGAAUACAAUGAGUCUGUUUAGCGGUCAGGUGUCAGAUGAGGCCCAGUCUGUCAUAAUGACCAAGAUGGAUUAUCACGACAAUGACAUGUAUAGAGCAAUUGUCAUGUUAGUUGUGAUUAUGGUUGUGCUCAAAGUGGGCACGUAUUUUAUUCUAUUGAGAAAGGUUAAGACAGUUGAUGCU